AUGUCCCAGCAGACCACUCUGCCAGUGACCCUGCCCCCUGCCCUCAGGCAGCAGCCCCUCGAGUCUGCUUCUCCUCCCGCCGACACUCAGCAGGAGCAGGCGAAGCAGCCAACUCUGCCGCCCGGCCCGUGCCAGAAGGUGCCCCCCGAGCUCCCAGGGGAGGUCCCCUCGGUGCACAGGGAGAAACACGCAGCUCCUGGGAAGGGGGUGCCAGAGCAAGACGGUGAGCCACAGCCGCAGGGACAGCACCUGGAGCAGCACCUGGAGCAGCACCUGGAGCAGCACCAGGAGCAGCACCUGGAGCAGCAGCAGCAGCAAGAGUCACAGGAGCAGGAAGCGCACCUGGAACAGCGCCUGGAGCAGCACCUGGAACAGCACCUGGAACAGCACCUGGAGCAGCACCUGGAACAGCACCUGGAACAGCAGCAGCAGCAAGAGUCACAGGAGCAGGAAGCGCACCUGGAGCAGCACCUGGAACAGCACCUGGAGCAGCAGCAGCAGCAGCAGCAGCAGCGUGAGGACCGUCAGGAAACAGAAAGCCCGGAGCAGCAGCUGGAGGAAGAGCUGGGAGAGAGUGAGCAGCUCUCGGACCAGCAGCUGGGUCGAGAGCUGGCAAAGGGAGACGAGCCCCUGGAGCAGCGGGAGGGGCCGCCGGAGCCGCCCGCGUUGCUCCUUGCUCCUCCUGGCCAGGUCCAAGAGACCCGCCCAGUCCAGCCACUGCAGGGAGAGGUCGCGCCCCCGGCAGAGCAGCAGCAGCAGAAGCGGGAGGUGCCGUGGCCCCCCAAACAUAAGUAA